AUGACUUUAUAUAAAUUAAUCAGAAAUUUACAAAUAUUAAAUUAUUUAAAUGAACUCAAUUUAGAUGAUGCAGAACAAGCUGUCGGUGUAUUGAUAAUCAAAAAUGGCAAACGUAUUAUCGAUGAAUACGAAUGGAAAUAUGACGACUGUGUCCUACCAAAAGACGAACAGCUUGUUAUAUAUGAAUUACAUGUUGGUGAUUUUUCUGGUGGUGAAGAUGAUCGAAAUUCUCGUGGUACAUUUAAAAAUGUAAUGAACAAGAUUGGUUAUUUAAAAGAAUUGGGUGUUAAUGCAAUUGAACUUAUGCCAAUCAAAGAAUAUCCUGGAAAUCAUUCUUGUUAUAAUCCACGAUAUCAUUUUGCUAUUGAAACAAGUUAUGGUCCAACAGCUGAGUUAAAAGAAAUGAUUGAUGAAAUGCAUAAAAAUGGUAUUCGUGUUAUUAUGGAUGGUGUAUAUAAUCAUAGCGAUUCUGCCGCACCAUUAACACAAGUUGAUCAUGAUUAUUGGUAUCAUCACUAUCCAAAAGAUAUAACUAUGUCAUGGGGACCUGAAUGGAAUUACAACUUCUUUGAUCCGAAGUACAAUAUUUGGCCAGCUCGAAAGUUUGUUGGUGAUUCAAUUCGUUAUGUUGUAGAAGAAUUUCAUAUGGAUGGUAUUCGUUUUGAUGCCGCUCGACAAAUACAAAGUUUCGAUUUUCUUCAUUGGAUUAUUUCCGAUGUUAAAAAAAUAGCUGGACACAAACCAUUUUAUUGCGUAGCGGAAUUUUUACCUGAUGAGCCUUGUAUAACAAAUAUUGAUGGUCCUAUGGAUGGAUGUUGGCAUGAUAGCUUCUAUUGGACGGUACGUGAUAUAUUACUUAAUAAUAAUGUUGAUAUGGGCCGAUUGAAAGCUUGUAUUGAUUGUCGACAACAAGGAUAUUUAGGUGUAGCAAAUGUUGUUAAUUAUAUUGGAAAUCAUGAUCAUGAUCGAAUGCUUGUUGAAUUAGGUAAACAACGAAAUAUAUUUGGUGAAGAAGCAUUUAAACGUGUACGUCUUGGUGUUGUCUUAAUGAUGACAAGUAUUGGUAUUCCAAUGAUUUGGAUGGGAGAAGAAAUUGGAGAAUAUAAAGAAAAAACAAUUGGUACUGCAAAAAUCGAUUGGUCAUUAAUUGCUGAUCGUCAAGAUAAUUCUAAUCAAAUAAAUAAAGGGUUAUUAAAUUUCUAUCGUGGUAUAAUUCGUUUACGUGAAAAGAAUAAAGCAUUUUUUACAACAAAUUUGAAUUUUAUUCAUGAAGAUGAUAAUAAUAAAGUGAUUGUUUAUCAGCGAUGGGCUGAUUCAGGUGAACGUGUUGUCAUUAUUGCUAAUUUAUCAGAAAAUUUUCUCGCUCGAUAUCGUGUACCGAAUAUGCCAGCAAAUGGUCGAUGGCAUGAAUGGACAUUUAAUUAUGAUGUGAAUGUUGAGAAUAAUGAAGUAUAUGUUGAUAUAGCUGAACAUGAAGCAAAAAUUCUUGUUUGGAUUGGUGAUAAUACUCAACCCCCACCACCUUCAUCAGAACCAGUAGUUAAAUCAACUCCUACUAAUGAAUCAAAUAAAACUACUUAA